CGACUGCAGCUGGAAAACAGCAGCUCCGGUUUCUGAUCGGAUUUGGGGGUGGGGAGGGAGGUGUGUGUGGGAAAAGCCAAGAGAUGGAUCUUCCCUGCUUUUGACAACACUCUCCCCUUCAGGACUAAGGCUGCACUGGAGGAAAAUAACUGCAAGGGAGAGCCACUAAUCACACCUCCGUGUGGGAACUAACUCCGGGGAGCAGCGUGUGCCGCCAGCCCCAGGAUAUUCCCUGCCUCCAACCUGAAGUGGUUCCUCCUGGAACGGUUCAGUCGCCCCUGCAGUUCACCUUUGCCUGCACUUAACAAGCGUGCAAUUUGGGUUUAAUGGAGCUGGGUUUAUUGUUCCUCUUUGGACUUACAAUUACGUCGACUGCAGGGUCCGCGCUGCCCCGGCCCCGAUCCCUGCCUCUGCCCGCUGGCACUGAGCCGCGCUCGGCGGCGCUGGGGCAGAAGGAUCGGGAGGAGAGCGAAGCGUCGGCGCUACCGGCCGGCGGCAGGGCCAAGGUGGACGGCGGGGCGCUUCGGCGGCGGGCCCGGCGCUGCACUUGCUACACCUAUAAGGAUAAGGAGUGUGUCUACUACUGCCACCUCGACAUCAUCUGGAUCAACACCCCCGAGAGGACUGUGCCAUAUGGACUGUCUAACUUCAGAAGCAGCUUUAGAGGCAAAAGAUCUACAGGCCAGAUUCAAAGUACUUUCCAGUUUUCACUUCGGUGCUCUUGUUUGGAUGCUUAUGACAAACAGUGCAUGCAGUUUUGCAGAACACCAGACAGAAGAAGAAAUCAUGAAUCAAUGAAAAAGACAGAGGAGAAAGACCAACGCAAGGAAGAACAACGCCCUUUCAUUCAGUAGCACAGAGAGCGAGGAGGAUUCUGAACAGUCAGCUCUAACAUUUAUUUGCUGAAGCUCAGAAGAAAGAACUGAAACUACAACUCUCCCUUGAGGUGGACAAACUUGAUGUUCUAGUCUGAUGCAAGUGGAGAAUUCAGCAUUAUCCAACACUUCCCAUUUCAACAAUGCCACUUUGAGGGCAUGUGAACCUGUAUGAAGAAGCUUUCUCUCAUGCUCCCUUUGUGAGACUCUCAGUAAAGGAUAAUCUUUAUCAUGUAACCUGGCAGGGAAUGUAUUGCUAUUGAAGAAAACUUCAAAGGCAGAUCCAAACUUCAUCAACACAACAUUUCAGGAAACAUUUUUCUCUAAGAUUUCUUACAAGUACAGUAGAAACAUGCUGUUCCACUUACUGCUUGCUGUGCAUCUGAGGAAUCCAUCUGCAGCUUGAUGCAGGCAACUGUAAUUGGAGAAUGUGAUGAGUUAGAUUUUGCCUAUACAUGAGUUCUCAUUAAGAAUAAACAGAUACAAAGUAUUCCUCUUGUUAAUGUAUGCAAGCCUGAAUCAUCAUAUUGUAACUUUGUGGCAGUUGUUUAAAUGACAGUAUCUAUACAGAAUAAAUAUGAAUGGCUAAUAUAAAUACUAUUAUAAGCUAUAACAAGUUAAGAGUAUGCAGUGAGUAUUCAGUAGAUUACCUCAUUAAGGCACAAAUUAUUCCUACACUUCAAAGUUCCAUUCAAAAACAUUUGCAGGAUGAUUUAAAGGUGCACUGUCAUUGAUGAACAGAACUCCAAUUAAUUAAUCCUAAAAACUUUCUUAAAGAUGAAAGUGUAGGACUGUGGAACUCCAAAUGAAACUCCAUAUGAUAACUCCACAUGAUAAGCAUAACUUACUGUAUGAGAUCAUUUGCCUUUCUAGGCCACUACAUACAUUCUCAUCCACAGUACAUAUGUUUGUCUUUGCUAGUUCCAUAAAUCACAUUUUUAUCUCUUUAUUGAAAUAGCAUCACUGAAUAACUUGGAAACUUGGCAAUAAGGAUUAUGUCCAAGUCUGGACAUUUUUCAAUGUAAAUGAUUUCUUCUGAAAUUAUGGAUUUUUAAAUUGCUUUUUUAUAAGAAGAUGCAAGAGUAAGCUAGGAAAAAAAAGAGCAACUUCUGCAAAUGCUGUUCUAUAUUAUUUAAAAAGAGAGAGAGGAAAUCCCUCAGUUGUGACAUUACAGAUACUUAGUUUGACUGACCUGCACACAGACUUUCCCCAGGGCACACAGGUUAAACUGUAGCCUGGUUACAUUAAAUUAUAUCAGAAGAAAGAUGGAGACCAAAAGAAAAUAAAUUGAAAAUAAAUUAACAGUAAAAAUGGCUAUAUAGGCUUAAAAGGGUGGUAACAGACUUUGUUUGAAACAAAAAAGGGAGGUCUUUGCCAAAAUAUAUAUGAUAUAUUUUAUAUAUAUGUGGAUAUAUUUCAUAAAUAAAUUAUUAUAGUUAUAAAAGUAAAUAUGUCUUUCAGUUACUGCAUUUGUAUCAGUUUGUUACUUGCUGUACAAAUGAUUUUGUAAGUUUUUAGAAAAUACAUUAUUUAUUGUAACAACCACUUCACAUACUGUCUUCCCACAACGUUUAAAAGAUGCUGUAGAGUUUUGGGUUAUUUCAAGAAAUAAUCAAGCUUUGUUAUAAAGAAUGUUUAAUGCCCAUUUAUAACCAUUGCCCAGAAUUUUUGCCCCACUGAAUGCAUAGGCUCAGACCAUACAAAAACUUGCUUUCUUCAAGAGGCUGAUAGUUCGAAUGGUUUGAGGAUUGAGUAUGAAAAUAAAAAGUUCUUUGAUAAUAA